CAAACACUCAGGAAGGAAGGCACUUCACUGCUCAACUCAACUCAGCUCAGCUCAACUCAACUCAACUCAACUCCCUUAACAAGCAGACAUGGCAAAGAGCGUGGCGGUGAUUCUGUCCGGCUGCGGCGUGUAUGACGGCACAGAUGUUCACGAGGCGUCUGCUGUGAUGGUGCACCUCAGCCGAGCAGGUGCCAAGAUCCAGAUGUUUGCGCCUGAUGCUGAGAUGAUGCAUGUGGUGAACCACUGUGAAGGAAAGCCCUGCACGGACACGAGGAACGUGCUGCAGGAGAGCGCGCGCAUCGCCCGCGGUGACGUCACAGACCUGGUCAAGCUGGACGUCGGCGCCUUUGAUGCGCUCAUCAUUCCAGGUGGUUUUGGAGUGGCUAAAAACCUGAGCGACUGGGCCACCAAAGGCAAGGACUACUCAAUCGACCCUGAGAUUGAUAAGGUCAUUAAAGCUUUCCAUCGGGCCAAGAAACCCAUGGGCAUGUGCUGCAUCUCUCCUGUGCUGGCAGCCAAAGCUAUUCCCGGGUGUGAGCUGACCGUGGGCCACGACUCAGAGUGUGAGAAAUGGCCGUACGCUCAAGUGGCUAAAACCAUGGCUGAACUGGGCUGCAAACACUUGAACAAGAACGUGAGUGAGGUGCACGUCGACUCCAAGAACAAACUGGUGACCACGAGUGCGUUCAUGUGCAACACUGCCAUCCAUGAGAUCUUUGAUGGUCUGGGUGUCAUGGUCAAGGAAGUUCUCAAACUAGCCUAACUUUGUCAUUUCACUGUCUGAAUAUUAUUACAUACAGAUACGUAUAUUUAUUUAUAACGGAAUAAUGUUGUUGUCCUUUAAACCCAGAAAAAAAUGAGACCAGUUCAUUUUCAGUAAAACAGGGCAAACAUAUGGUCAGUUUUUGUGUUUGUGGUAGUCUAUUAUCAAUAAAAUUUUAAACAUUUCCUUGUUCA